AUGGACAAUGAUAUAAUCGAUUCGACCCGGGAUGGAAGCUUAUGGGCAAAUGGGUUCAAGAAUUUGCUUAUAGAGAUGUUGUAUGAAGAUACAACUAUGGACAGAUUGAGGGGACGGAGGAUCACAAACGGUGAUCAUGUAAGGAUUGCUGAAAAGUUGUCAGCAGUUGGACCAAGAAAUUUUAAUUCUGACCAAGUUAAAGGCAAACUUGCUCGUCUCAAACGAAGACAACGGGAAUUCACCGAUCUUAUAAAGCAAACUGGUUUGGGGUGGGACCCAGCGAGGAAUGCACCAGUAGCAAGUGAGGAACACUGGGCGAAUGCACUUCGGGUGAGACCAUCAUGGAAGCAUUUCACAAUGGGAUGCCCAAAGUAUGAACAACUUUGUACAAUAUUUGGUUGUUCAGUUGCGACUGGUACAAUGCACCGGGCUUCGACAGAUCCUGCUCCAGACAGUGACGAUGAGUGCUUGCUUGAUGAGGAGAUGCAAAAUCGUGACCCACCAAUUAAUGAUCCAAAUGCAGGCCCCUGGGCCGAUCCCCAGGUGCCACCAAGACCCUUCUCUGCCUCUUAUGCUAGUGGAUCUCGCAGACGAAAAAAGGGAGGGCCCAUCCAAGACCCAGUCAUUCAAGUGCAAAUGAGCAAGACCCUUGAUGCUAUCAGAAGCAAUGCUGAAGCUAGAGAGAAGGCAGCGAUGAAAUCGAUGGAGUACAGUAGGUCGAGGAAGCGUAGUAAAGGGGACACUAGCAUGGAGUCAUCUGGGGCGUUUGAUCUCCAAAUGCAUUGUAUGAAGCUGCUUGAAGAAGUUGAACCUCUCUUACCGCCUGAGCAAUUUAAUAAGGCCUUUGACCGAUUGUUGAGCACAAAAGUGCAGAGGUCGUUCGAGUCGAUCUCAGAUACUGGUAGAAGUGAGUGGGUUUGGAGUUUGCACUGAUUUGUCAUGAUGGGGAGGGAUGAGUAGUUGUUGGGCCAGCACUUCCGCCGGUCUAUUUGUUCGUUAAAUGGUUAUCAC